CUAGCACUUAUUAUAAUAUAAUUUAUGUUCCUAGUGCUUAAACAUUUACCAUAUUAUUUCCUACGUAAACUAUUAUGAAGCUAGAACUUUGCUCUUUUAGUGGGUACAAAAUAUACCCUGGACAUGGUAAAAGAUUAGUGAAAGUAGAUGGAAAAGUCAACAUCUUUAUAAAUAAAAAAUGUUCUAUAUUGCAUCUUAACAAAUCCAAUCCAAGAAAAAUAUGCUGGACUGUUUUAUAUAGAAGAAAACAUAAAAAAGGUAUACAAGAGGAAACAACUAAGAAAAGAGUUAGAAAAGUUGCAAAAUUUCAGAGAGCUAUUGUUGGAGCAUCAUUAACCGAAAUAAUGGCAAAGAGGAAUCAGAAACCUGAGAUUAGAAAGGCACAGAGAGAACAAGCCAUAAAAGCUGCAAAAGAAAAGUCACAACUUAAGACACAAAAGAAAGUUGUUGCACCAAGAGAUAAAAUAAAGUCAAAAGCUUCAAACCGAGUACAAAAACAAGCCCCUAGAGUGACAGGAAAACGCUAAUGUUAACAAUCUACUAUUAUUAUUUUUAAUUAAUUUAUAUAAUAAUUAUAAAAAAAACAUAAUUUAUAUUUAAAAUGCUGUUCAACUAUGUAAUUAACAUAAAUAAAUAAUUAUGAAUGAUAACUAAAUAUAUCAAUGUUUUUUAAUUA